UCGCUCUGUAAUAAAAGGCGCUGUCAGGCUUUUUCAAUGACAUCACACCCAAGUGCAAGUUUCCAACAUGGCGUCCAGCCGGCUGCCGGAGAGGGAGGUCCAGGAGGAGCCGAGGCGCGCUGCGACCGCAAACACUGACUUCUGCCUCCACAAAUACUCCCUGCUCAUCAUUAUAGGACGGACCGCUCACCUCAGACAUACGGGACACAUCAGCAGGGAGAUUGAACGAGGUAUUCGGUCAUGGGACGUCGACUUAAACUCCUGUAACCUAAUCCUCUAUCUCCAAGAAUUUCUCUCCCAUCAUACGGCAUCUUUCAAGGGUGCAGGGCAGAAGUGUCUGCGCUACAGUACCAGAGUGUUGGACACUCAGGUGCUGAUCAGUCCAUCUCAGGAACAGGUUCAUUCAGAGGUGUCUGCUUUGCUAUCCAGGGAAUCGGCCCAUAAGCUGUUGAUCUUGGCUGGCCAGAGCGUGGAGGAAAGUGGAGACCUGCUGUUUCACAGAGGACAGUUCUCACCACACCAGCUGAAACAAAUACUAACAGAGCAGUUCACAGAUCAGGAGAACUUAGCCUCCUCCGAACUCAGUCUGACCCUCAGCUGUCCCAACAUCGGCCAGUGGAGGAAGACUCUCUUGGGAAACCAGCAUCUGCAGAGUCCUUUCACGCUGCACAUCAAUCCCCCAGAGGUGCUGCCUGCCAUGGAGGCCCUGGGGGAAUUCACCUCCCUCAUCUCGGGUACCCUUUCCCCUCCAUCUCCCUUCGACCUCCUGCCUCCUCCCACCACCGUGGGUUUUCUCAAGCUGUCCCGCCCCUGCUGCUACGUGUUCCCCGCCGGGCGCGGUGACUGUGCCUUUUUUGCCGUUAACGGUUUUACAGUGCUGGUGAACGGCGGCUCCGACUCCCAGGCCUGUUUCUGGAAGCUGGUGCGCCACCUCGACCGAGUUGAUGCAGUUUUGUUGACGCACAUAGGGACAGAGAACCUCCCCGGGGUCAACGUCUUCCUGGAGAGGAAGGUAGCUGAGUUGGAGCUGAGCUCUGAUAGCAAAGAUGACUCGUCUAAGAGGCUCAUCUCCCCAGAGCUUGGAGUUGUGUUCUUUAACGCCCCCAGCAGGUUACAGGUGGAGGAACAUCCUUGUGGGGACAAUGUAUUGAAGAGCACACACCAGGCGGCCCUAACCCUACAGCUGUUAAAGAAGUUAGACAUCAGACCACAGCCAAUGUUUCGACCACAAGGAGUCCCCAUUGAGCCGCUAACCCUGUUCCAGAAGAUGGGAGUGGGACAGUUGGAGUUAUACAUCCUCAACCCCGGCAAAAACAGCCAGGAGUACCAAACAUUUAUGCAAAACUGGCCUGAUGCAUUGCCAUCAGAAUCCAAACCCCAAACUCUCCCUCUCACUGCCCUGGCCUCAGUGUCUGCCCUGCUAGUGUGGCACCCAGCGUGUCCCCAGGAGAAGGUGGUCAGGGUGCUGUUCCCUGGUGUUACCCCACAAACACAGCUGCUGCAGGGCCUGGAGAAGCUGAAGGGGCUGGCCUUCCUCCAGAAACCCACGGUGACCACCGGUGACCUGGAGAGGCUGGGGGAGGACAGAAAGACCAAGAGGACAGAGAGCCAGGACAGUGGCAGGUCACAAGGGAAGGAGUCAACACCCAAACAUGGAAAAGAUCGGGGAGUUAAAGAAGAUGGAAAAGAGGUACUGGUAAGGGAAAAAGGAAAAGUUUUGAAUGGGGUCGCUACAAGAGAUGCUGAUAAAACCAGAAUCAAAGAGAUACGUGUAAAGCAAAAAGGAGCAUCGUCAGAGAAGAAUACCUCAAAGAAGGGAGGAGGAAAGGAUGGGAAAAAGGAGGAGAAGCCUGGAAAUAAAGAGAACAGUGUUAUGAGGAACGAUCAGGGGAAAAAGAAUGUUCUCCUUUCCAAACCCAAGAAUGAAAAUAAAACUAAGCUCAAAAAGGAAGCAAAAAAUGACUCUAAAACAGGGGUGAAGAAAACAAGAAAACCACUAGGAAAGGAGGCACACAAUGGCAAGAAGGUAAAUGUAAACACUGAACUGUCAACAAAACCCAACACUGGGAGUGGGUUAGAAAUCCCAGAGCCAGAGCAGCAGAGUCAAAAACCAGAGAAAGAGACUGAAGAGAACCCCUGUGGCUCCAAAAUGUCCACCCCUGAGGAUAUGACAGACGAUUUUCUCAAGCUCCGGGAGGAAACCGAAAGAGGAGAGCCGCAGGUGGUGAAAACAGCAGAUAAAGGAAAGCAGAAAAGCAGUGAGUCAAGAAAUGAAAAGAGCCUUGGAGGCAUUAGCAAAGAAAAGAGUAAAGAAGGAGAUGAUACACUAGGGGAAGAAGCUGCAGGGAUAAUGGGAGGAAAGAGUGGUGAUAAUGGAGCGCAAGAUAAGGCUUGGGCUGGAGAGAAAGCUGAUGUAGACCUGCAGAAAGCGCCUAUAGACCAGCCUGGAAAUGCUGCCAAACCAGCAAAGGUUGUAGGAUUUUCAUCUCCCUUGAACAAUGCGCCAAAGAGCGAGCGCAACGAGCUAGACUUAACCCCGACCGAAUACACUCUCCUGGACGGAGCUUUGAGAAACAGCCCUCCCUCACGAUCCUCUCCAGACAACCCGGCCCAUGUCAGCCCUGACGAGCAGACGGUAGAGCCUGCCUCCCCUGAUUCAAGGCCCAACAGUGCAGGCCACACUCCUUACUGUCUGUCCCCGGAUGAUGUGUGGUGCAACAGGGUCACUCUCAGCAGUUUACAGGCCCAGAUGGGUAACUUCGAGUCAGCGGAUGUCAACCAGCCAAAUGGAUCAUCCAAGCAAAGUGAGGGGCAGCCCAAAAGCACUACAGAGAGUCACACAAACCCCAGAGAGAGGCAACUAAGUUUCCUUUCUUUGGGUACACUUAAAGAGGGAUCUUCAGACGCCUCUCCUUCUCUUGCUACCACCACCACCACCACUACUACACACUCCAUGCCAGCAGAGGUGAGCUCACCUCAGUCCACAGAAGUAGAUGAAUCACUGUCCAUGUCCUUGGAGCAGGGACCAACCACUGUGAGCCAGAGAGAGGGGGAUGACAGUGUUCAUAACUCCCACUCCAAUGGAGGCCAUUUUGCUGGGAUGUCUUUACCAAUGAAGAAGCCUCCCAGAUCCUUAGGGCCGGGCUCAGAGAUGGGGCGGCCUCCAGCUCCAAACACACUUAAUUUUGAGGUGUCAGCUCACGAUGUGGAUCUAUGUCUGGUUUCCCCCUGCGAGUUCAAGCAUCUCAAACAGCCUGACUCCAGCUCAGGUGCGAGUGAGCCCUCCAGAGGAGCCUUCACUCCACAUCAUCACGGCAACAACAACAACCCCAAGGACAUGUCACCCAGCGAGUCAAACGCCCCCGUCUGCACAGAGGACUGCCCGUCCACCACAGCAGAUGGAGGUCUGGACUCAGAUGAGGAUGAAUCGUGCAGUGAGCCGUCUAACUCUCCCCAUGAUCUCCGCUCUAGUCAGGCUCUGCCCCCGGACCCUCUCCCAGCCCCUUUCAGGGACAGCCCGCCCCUGCCCCCACAUCCUGACGCGUCCAUGCCCGUUCCUCAGUUGGACUCUGACGCUCGUGGGAAAAAAGCAAAAGCCAAUGGGACGCGAGGGAAAAAAACACCAGCGGUUACGGAGGGCUUACAAAAAUCAGGCUCAGGGAAAAGCAGGACAGGGAGCCAAAGUGGAGUGGUAAAGGGGUAUGUCUCUUCUACUCAUACGCCUUCCUCCAGCGCCCGCUCAGCACCAGCAAAAUCCUCACCCAAUCCAGGUUCUAAGUCUACCUCUGUUGGUGAAGUCAGUGUGUACGUGGACCUGGCCUAUAUUCCCUCUGGAGCCUCCUCUCCAACAGUCAGUGUGGACUUCUUCAGAUGCGUUCGCUCUUCCUGUUACAUCAUCAGUGGUGACAGUCCAGAGAAAGAAGAGCUAAUGAGGCAUACACUGGACGCACUACUGGAUGCCAAGUUAUCCUGGCCUGACACUAUGCAGGUGACAGUGAUCCCUACCUUUGAGUCGGUGCCGAUGCAGGAGUGGUACCAGCAGACCCUGGACAGACAGAAGGAGCUGGGCAUCACCGUGCUCGGAUCCAACAGCACUGUCGCCAUGCAGGACGAGACCUUUCCGGCCUGCAAGAUAGAGUUUUGAGGCGGACUUGGGGAUGCAGCGAUGGAAAAUGGAGGACCCAUGACCCUGUGUGAAACAGGAGAGGAGAUCACACUGGCUGCAAGAGAAGCAUAUCCGGCUGCAAACAUGUGUGGAUCCACAUAAAAGCUUUUUUUGUAGAUUAGUCAAUAGCGUUAGCAUACAUGGGGUUAAAGGCACUAUGUGUAGGCUUGUAUUCUUAAUGCAUUCAGCCCUGAAGUGUGCAGUAGUGUGUGCUAAGACUAAGGGCCCAUUUUGCUGUUUUUAUUGCAACAUUUAGGCUACCAGUUGGCGUAACUACUCCAGAUACUCCCAAAUGGCAAGAGUGUGCAAACUUGAAAUGAUGUCUUACAUUGUACCUUUAAUGAAAUCACAUUCACAGUGAGUGGUCAGGUGUGUGUUGUAUGCACUGUACGCAGACAUGAGAUGAGCCGUGCUGUGUGUUGUACCUGCUUUUUAAAAAGAGUAUUGAGCCACUGUGGCUUCACUGUUGACCUUGAGAUCUCUGCCGAGCAAAUGGAGCAGAUGCGAUGUAUCUGAUGUUGAGUGAUAAUCUGAGAUUAUUAAAUCUGAGUGUACAAAAACAAAUCUGUCAACGGGGAUUACCAGAUUAAAUGUAAUAGCAUUACAGCAAUCUCAUUAAGGAUGGUCCUGUCAUUGUAAUCCAUUACAAGUGCUUAAAGUCAUGCUAAUGAGGAAUCAGACAGCAACUGCUUUUGUAGUAAUAGAUGUUCACUUGUUAUCUUACUAAAAAAACAUUAAAAGUGAUGACAUGUAUUUUGAUUGUAUGAUAUGAUGGAUAUGACCGUACAGUUUAUUGUAGACAAAUAUUUUGCACAGCAUAAAAUCAUGGUCUAGUCACAGUGAGUGUAAUAACAGCUUUCCACAUUGUAAUUUGCAAAUACAAAUAAUUUAAAGUUUUAUUUAUAUUUGGAACAAAGUAAUCCUAAAUCACACUCCUGAAUUGCUGUAAUAAAAUUGACUACAUUACAUAAUAACACUUUUUUUUUAUGGAUCCAUAAUGUCUUAAUUUGCUAUACUACCCAUUUUACUGCUACAUUUUCCAAUAAUAAAAAAAAAACAAUGAUCUGGUUAGAAUGGAAAUAUACUACUGCUUACAACUAACUAUCUCAACUCCUUCUUCUUGUAAUUAGCGCCAAAUUACACAUAUUUCUCAGAGACUACGCAGGGAAUUAUGAGGAUGUUACAGAUCUGUAAAAUAAAGCAUACACAUGUAAUGUAAUGGAUUACAUUGUAAUCUCUCCAGACCUGUCUGUCCACUGUUUUCCUUUUUAUUUCCCUUUGUCCCAGUCUGCAUGUCCAAGAACAGAUGUCAUAUUCUGGUUAGUCUCGCUUUGCCAGGAAUCACGACUUUCUCAGUUCAUAUAAUGUGGCAAACAGUUUCCUCAAUACCAAAGCAUGAGAUAACAAAGACACCCCCAACCAUUUCCCGCUCUGUCUGAAUGUUGGCUCCAAAUACAGAAAAAAAAUGUAUUCAGUAUCUCUGAAUUAUCUGGUAUACAGUUUAUAAUUAUACAAAUGCAUGGUUGAACUUUUAUCAUGGGCUUGUACUGUCCUUGAAAUUUGUUUUGAUUUUGUGCAAUCAUAUUUCUUUUUAUCACACUUUUCUGCAAAAGACUGGCAGAUUAAAUUAUGUAUUGGCAUCGGAGGGUUGAACUAAAUCUGUAAUCAUGGGCGACAAUUACUUGAACCCCACUGUAGCAAAGUGAAUAGUAACUAUGUGUAUGUGUCCCGCAUGUAUAAAAUAGUGUAUAUACUGUACGUUGUUUCAUUCAUGAUAUUCAUGAGGACAGAGAGCACUGUGGAAGAGCGGCAUGGUGGGAUGAACAUUGAGAACCUUUUGCUUUGUAAUUGUCUGUAAGUACAUACAGUAACAAUGUCAAAAUGUGUGGGUUGUUGGGCCGGGACUAAUGUAUGAAUAAAGAAUGUGCAUCACCACUCA